AUGGAGCACGAAUGUGAGCAACAGCACUUUAGCCCACUGGUUUUCACUUCUCACACAGGAAGAGUAUUCCAGGUGGAUAUUGAUGAGAUUUUGCCAUUAUCGCCAAAGCAUGGUAGAUCCAACAGCAUAGUGUCAAUUGUCGAGCUGAGGGCUUCGUCUCCAUCCCCUCCGGGGCUUCCUCUCCUAGGAGGAUUUGAUGGCCAUGGAUCUGAGAAUCCACAAUGUCCAAAAAUUGAACCUUCGCACCAUCGAAGUCGUCCCUCAUGCGGAGGCUCCCCUCUUAUUUCCAUCUCGACUCCUGGCCAACUGAGUCAGGAAAUGUCAAAUUUAAGCAUACAAUCAUCAUCACCUCGCAAGAAGCAAGCACAAAAUUCCUUAUGUGAUGACUUCGAGGAAAAUGAGGAGUUUGAUGUCUGCAGGGCUUAUAUGGUUUAUAAUGAAUAUGGCGAACUGGUCGAUGCUCAUAGCCAUCUUCAAACCCGAAAUACUCAGGAUUUAUCUGUCACUGAAAUAUUGAGAUUGAUUAGAAAGGCAUAUCACCAUGAUUUUAGAGCAAGAAUGAACGAUAUCGAACAGAUCAAGGGGCAAAGCUCAUUGAGCUCAGAAAAGGGCAAUUUGACAUGGGAGGAAAAGUUGUCAUCUUGGGAGUACAACCCGAGCGCAUCUGUGAAGACUACGCCGGUCAGUGGAGACCUAAAGACUGUUCCUGUAUAUCAAGGACCACCUCGUGUCUUGGAGAUUGGUUGCAGUGAUGGCAGUUGGUGCUUCAAGGUCAAGGAGGAUCAGCCUGAUUGGACUGUGGAGGGAGUCGAUGAGACAGAUCACUGGUCUUGUGUGCAAAGGGACAUUCAAUUAAAGGAUUUUAUCAUCCCAGCUCCGGAGAUGGAUGUGUCAGAUUACUUUAGCCGUGUUAAUUCCUCACAGACACAGACCGCUCCGGAUUUCAAUGUUCGAAAUCUUAAUUGUCUCCUAGCGCAUCCAGAUCCUAUUCCACACAAUCUAUACUCCUUCAUCCGUGGAAGAGAUGUGUUCGAUAGAGUUGAAAGCUACAAGAGUUUCCUAGAUGAUGUUCGCUUAAUUCUCCAGCCCGGUGGUGUUGUAGAGUUCCUUGAAGUAGAUCCUAGGCCGAGGUCCAAAUUGGCAGGUCACACUUCUAUUAGACGUGGAGAUUAUCAUCAGAGUGAAGCUCAGACUGACUGGACCGACAAUAUCGCUGAUCGACUCAAGCGACCAAAUCACGAUGGAGAACUUGCAAAGACUGUGCCAGGCUGGAUGGAAAGAGUCAUAGAACGUCAUAAGGCGAUACUUCGUCCACGAGGUGGAAUUCCUGCGAUUAAGCUAAAGUCUUGGCUAGAAGGGGCGGGGUUCUGGGAUGUGAAAGAGAUUGUUCAUCGAUUACCUCUUCGCGAGAGGUUAUUACCUGUUGAAAUUGAAGAGAUCGAGAGCGGCAAUUACUACCUCACUCUGCACAUUGUAACAGCACGCAAGCCACGCUCACCCCGAGCAGGCGAUCUUCUCAUGGACGGCACCAGGCAGGAAAUGACGGAUAUAAAAUAUGACCAGAUGGCCCGAGGCAAUGAAUUGAAGAACCAAGCGGGAUGGAAAAGAUUCGAGCUGGGUCGUAUCUCUGAAAUGAUGACUUCCUUCGAGGAACAUCAUCCUGGAAAUAUUCCCAACUCGUCACCGCUCUCUCACCUCCGGGAGCCUGAUAAAUCUGGGGCGACGGCAGGGUUUUGA